GCCUAGAAGCUUUGACAAAAUUAGAUUUAAUAUUAAGCGAGAUUUCUCUUAAAGAAGUAAUAUAUGGUACAGAGUUAAGAGAAAAAAUGAAUAACAGAAAGAUGUACCUAAGAGGACUUACAA